UGAGAGCUGGUUUUGGUGAGCUUGUGCUGAGAGCUGUGAUCCGAGAAGCCUAGUACUGACUGCUCUUCGGUAAUCUGGUAGCCCCCGCGAUUAUAUAGAGAACAUGGCUUUUGCAGGACCCCUCAAAGUGUGCAUCGUAGGCUCGGGAAACUGGGGUUCUGCUGUUGCAAAAAUUAUAGGGAACAAUGUGAAAAACACGCAGAAAUUUGCAGCGACCGUCAACAUGUGGGUGUUUGAAGAACUCAUAAACGGGAGGAAGCUUACCGAGAUAAUCAACACCGACCACGAGAACGUGAAAUAUCUCCCCGGGCACAAGCUGCCAGACAAUGUGGUUGCCGUUCCAGACCUUGGUGACGCAGUGAAAGAUGCCGACCUCCUGGUUUUUGUCAUUCCUCACCAAUUCAUAAAUAAAAUCUGUCAGGAAAUCUCCGGGAAGGUGCACAAGAAAGCUCUUGGGAUAACGCUGAUUAAGGGUAUAGACGAAGGACCAGAGGGGCUUAAGCUCAUUUCUGACAUUAUCCGUGAGAAGAUGGGAAUUGAUAUCAGUGUGUUGAUGGGGGCAAACAUUGCAAACGAAGUUGCUGCUGAGAAAUUCUGUGAAACCACAAUAGGCAGCAGAGUCCGCGAGAAUGGCGUUUUGUUCAAAGAGCUGCUACAGACUCCAAACUUCCGUAUUACUGUGGUGGAUGAUGCCGAUACCGUGGAACUUUGUGGCGCCUUGAAGAACAUAGUGGCUGUGGGUGCUGGUUUCUGUGAUGGCCUCAACUGUGGCGAUAACACCAAGGCCGCCGUUAUCCGCCUCGGACUCAUGGAGAUGAUCUCUUUUGCCAAGAUCUUUUGCAAGGGCCAAGUAUCUUCUGCCACGUUCCUGGAGAGCUGUGGAGUGGCUGAUCUUAUCACCACUUGUUAUGGCGGGCGUAAUCGAAAAGUAGCUGAGGCUUUUGUGAAAACUGGCAAGAGCAUCGAAGAACUGGAAAACGAAAUGCUUAAUGGACAGAAGCUACAGGGACCCCAAACAUCUGCAGAAGUUUAUCGCAUUUUGAAGCAGAAAGGCAUGGUAGAUAAGUUCCCGCUUUUCACCGCUGUGUAUCAAAUCUGUUAUGAAGGAGUACCUGUGGAAGAGUUUAUUUCCUGCUUACAAAGUCAUCCAGAACACAUGUAGAGCGGUAACUGUCACAUGGGUUUUCUCAUGUUUUACAGAAUCCUUGGAGAUCGGUCUCCACUAACGCACAAAACCCUGAACACAUACAUGCAUAUAUAUAUAAUCUUCCCUGCUCUACCACUGAUCUGUGAAACUGUACCGUCAUAAAGCUGCUUAACGUAAUGGCACAUGGAGAACAAUGAAGCUACACACAUUACACAAUUGGAUCAGUCAUGCAGGAGCUGCUAGUGUUAGAAAAUAAUUCAUUUAUAGUUAUUUUAACCCGUUACAUCUGAGUAGCAGCUUUCCUGUAUGCAAA